UUAAUGGUUGACUAUUGUAUUUAAUUGAAGCCUGUCUUAAAACUAUUAUUCAAUUAAAAGAUCUUUAUUUUUCAGUUAGGAACUUCGUUUGCGUGGUACAUGGUUACAGUGCAUUUAUGAGUGAGACGCGCGGCUACAGGAUAAACGCAUAUAGUUGGUUUGGGGGAAAGGUUUCUUGUUGACCUACAAUAUGAUACAUUUCAGUUUGUUUAAAAGACUCAACUUCCGACCACCUUAAGAGGUUUGACUUUUUCAGCGUCCUACGUAGACUUAUGUAAGCCUAGAAGGUUACUAUGGCAAAUUUAACAAUGAUUACAUUUUACUUUAUAAAGUGAAAAUCUUAACUCCAUUUCAGUAGAUUACAAGGGUCUACUGAAUUGUUAAAAGCAGUUAAAACUGGCCAUGAUUAGUCUGGAGGGGAAGACGAUGCCCAAGUAGGACCCGCCUCUCGGCCUGGCUUGGUUACCUAGCAACAGUUAGUGUUGUACUCCAGAACCGUUGGAUAACGUAAGCGAGUUGACGCAUAGCGCUUACGUCCUCUGCGAUAAACCAGCUUUAGCAGUCAAAUGCAGUAUAAACUUAAACGAUGAUGACCGACACCUCCAUGCAUGUCGAGAGAACCCUUGCGCUCAUAAAACCAGACGUGGUUCACCUGGCGGAGGAGAUCGAGGACGUUAUCCUUAGAUCUGGCUUCACUAUUCUACAGGUGGGUGACCGUAGCUACAGGAUCUGCUAUUUAAGCGCGACUAGUGCAAGAAAUGUUUUAGAUGUGUAUACUUUUAAUUUUCCUAUCCAUAUGAUUGUUCAUUGCCAUUUGGCCAUGUAUAUUCGACAUUUUAACCAGAGGCGGAAGCUGCAGCUGAGCCCUGAGCAGUGCAGCGAUUUCUACGCGGAGCACUACGGGAAACUGUCUUUCCCCAGCUUGACGGUGUUCAUGAGCUCUGGACCAAUCAUCGCCCUGGCGCUGGCCCGCGAGAACGCUAUCGCCCAUUGGAAAGCCCUGAUUGGACCAGCCCAAAGAGCCAGAGCGUCAGAACCCGAAGGCCUGAGAGCCAAGUACGGAACGUCUGACCUGAGGAAUGCCCUCCAUGGCAGUGAGUCGAUGACUGCCGCUCAGAAAGAAAUCAAGUUCAUGUUCCCAGACUCGGUGUGUGAGCCGGUGCCCAUGGCCGAGGCCGCAGGAGACUACUUGUCCAAACACGUGAACCCCACUCUGAUCAUUGGACUGACUGAGCUCUGCAAACAGAAGCCCCUCGACCCUUGUAUAUGGCUGUCCCACUGGCUGAUGAGAAAUAAUCCAAACCAGCCCAAGAUAGAGGAUGCUGCCAUUGUGCAAGAAGCCGAAUAAAGAAGAGAAGAAUGUAUUUUAAGUAAAUUUAUGUAAUGAUUAAAGUUGUCUUCAGUGCAUUUUGUUUCAUUUUGAUUAACAGAAAAUGUAUAAUAGGGUACAACUGCCAUUCAAAUGUUCUCUACUUAUUCUAAUGUUGGUGAUUUGAUGCUGUUUUAACAUCCAUCUGCAUCAUGUAAGAAUGCCUUGUCAGGAUCAGGGAUCGGACACAUCUUUAGUUAGGAAGCACCAAAAACAGAAAAUAACUUGAAAUGGUUAUUCAAAGAGCAGAAGAAGAUUCUUCAUUAUGCUAGGGAAGAUAUUCAUUCAUUGCAAAUCAGACAUAAAAGGAUGAAAUGAAUGAUUUUACACUUCCUUCUAUUAUCUACUCAGAUGGUUUUAUUAUGGUCAAUCGUUUUAACAGUCGUUGCUUUGUAAUUCAGAAAGACUUUUUAUAAUUUUGGCCAACUAAGAAUCUUAAGAUCUAGAAUUAUUUAUGAUGAACAGUUUCAACCCCAUUGACCCUAAAAAAAAAAGCCAAACAGCUUGUCUAACAGUUUAAUACAUCUAUAUGUAAUUUAAACUGAGUCAAUUAACAAUACAUAUCUUAUACAUUUGUACAUGA